AUGUCGCCCGUGGGCGGCCACCCGCCCGCCCGCCCGCGCUCCUCGACUGCUCUACCUACCGACCAAAGUCGACAGUGCGCGAUCCUCUCUAUACCCCAUCCCGCUCGCUAUCGUUCAACAACCAGCACUCCCACUCCUUCUCGCGAACAGCUGAGUAUCAAAACAAAGAAGCGAGACGCCCGGUCACCGCUCUCGCUCGCCGCGCCGGCCGGCCGGUGUCGGCGGCCGCGACUCGCGCCGCACGCACGCCAGUUCUCAUCCGAACCGCGUCUAUUGAGGUCGUUCGCUGUGAGCUCACGUGCGAAGUUAACUAUCGCGAAAGGAUUCUCCUUUGUUCCUAUCGAGGACCCGCCCUCGUAUUAUGUUUCCGCGCCAGAUCCGCGACCAGCCCCGGCCCAUCAAAGAGCCGGAAGUGCAGCGCGAAUCGCGUCGAAAUUGCCGCUUUCUGAAAUUCUGCGACGGCUACCCCGCGAAACGCGUACGCCGGGCGAUUUGAAGCCGUCGAGUGAUCUCGUGUGUCAAACGACAGUGGUGACUUGUGUAAAGUGGACUGAAGUAACGAUGUCUACGGGGAAAAGGUUAGCGAAGCGGUCCAUUAUAGGGACACGCGUCGCGGCAUUGGGGGAGGACGGACUAUACUACUCUGGAAUGAUUCAGGCUGUGAAGACGCCGGCGCCGUUCCCGGAGAACAACAAUUGUAUUAAUCUAACACCGAACACUCGGUACACAGUGCGCUUUGAUGGUGGAAAGAUAACGAGGGAGUACCGAGACGCGGAGUUGAUCGGUCCAGGAUUCCGCGGGAUGACGGGCGUGCGUCUACAGCCAGGCCAGCGCGUCUACCUUACGUACAAUGGACGCGAAGUGCGCGCCGACGUGCAGACCCACGACCAUAUCUCCGACGAGUUGCGCGUGCUUGUACACGCUCCUGGUGCCGAGGUCAAGUGGGUAACGGUGCUAUUGGCGAUACGUGUGCUGCACCUAAGACGCGAACAGGUUCCACCCGUUAUCAACCGCGGCUCAGGGCGCGGUGGGUCGCUCUCUGUUUUUGGGUCAGACUGGGUCACGACGCCUGCGUGCUCGCCACUCGCCCCCUCGAAUAUAUACGCUGCUAUUUCGAUAUCCAAGAAUAGAGAGGCGACUACACUUACAAAUACCUCAAGAUUUCACGUUCAGUUACGUAAGACGUACGCCCUAGUGUGCGAUUUUAUUUACAUUGCACCGCGGUACAUGCCGCCCACUUUACAUGGUGGGAGCGCCGCCCGCCGGCCAGCCGGACGAACGGGCCGUAGCUUCAUACCCGUGACGUCAUCUCGUCGCGUCGCGCCUACGCGAAGAGCUCACGCCGACGCACUAUGA